AUGUCUCAAGACUCUGCCCCCGUCGAGCCUGGCUAUCUGGGCAACUUGACGGUCAACGAAGAACACAAGCUGCAAGAGGCAUGGGUGCACCUCCUCCAGCUCAGCGGCGUCGAGGAGGGCCUUGGAGAUGGCAUACCAGACCGAAGCCUCGAGUUCCAGCAGCACCUCGGCAGUCUGUCGCCGGCCGAGUUCCGGCAGCGGCUGUGGAACUUCAUCCUCGCCGACCACCCGGACGUGCUGGUGCUCCGGUUCCUGCGGGCGCGCAAGUGGGACGUGGAGAAGUCGGUGGCGAUGCUGGCAUCGGCCAUCAGCUGGCGGCACGAGCACCAGGUCGACGAGGGCGUGGUGCGCAGGGGGGAGAGCGUCGCACUGGCGGCGGCGCCGUCUCCAGACGACAAGGCCUUCACGGCGCAGUACCGGUCAGCCAAGUCGUACGUUCGCGGCUUCGACCGCGAGCGCCGCCCCGUCUUCAUCAUCAAGGUCCGCCUGCACGACCCCAAGCUGCAGCCGCCCGAGGUCAUGGAGAGAUUCGUGCUGCACAACAUCGAGACCAUGCGCACCAUGAUGCGGCACCCCCACGAGAAGUCGUGCCUCAUCUUCGACCUGACCGGGUUCGGCCUCCGCAACAUGGACUUUCACGUCGUCAAGUUCCUCAUCCACGUCUUUGAGGCCAGAUAUCCAGAGUACCUCGGCGUGGUGCUCGUGCACAACGCGCCGUUCAUCUUUUGGGGCAUCUGGAAGAUGAUCCGGCCGUGGCUGGACCCGGUGGUUGCGGCCAAGAUCAACUUCACGCACGGCAACGGCGAGCUGGUGCGCUUCAUCGCGCCCGAGAACCUGCAGCGGUGCUACGGCGGGCAGGACGCGUGGGAGUACAAGUAUGUGGCGGCGGCCGACGCGGGCGAGAAUGACCGCAUGCGCUCCGAGAAGAAGGACGCCGUGCGCGCCGAGCGCGACGUCCUGGUCCGCCGCUUCGAGCAGCUGUCGGCCGAGUGGGCUGGCGCCGGCGCUAGCGCCACGCAGGAAGAUUGGGCCGAGUCGCCGUCAGCCGACGUUAAUGCCCGUGCCGAGGCCGAGGCCGGCGCAAGCUGGCGCAAGCUGGCUGCUGCACGCCGCGAUGAGCUCGCUGACCAGCUCCGGGAGAGCUUCUGGAAGCUCGACCCCUACGUCCGCGCCAGGACGUACUACCACCGCGUGGGAGUCAUUGGUCCGGCCGGCGAGGUGGACUACAAGGCUGCACAGUAA